AUGCUCUGGCAUCACCGUUCUUCGUGGGCUUUCCCAGCCUUCCUCUCCUUGUUCAUCGUCUUUUUUACCUGGCCUUUCACGCUCCGGACAGCUGCGUCAACCCGAGCCGAAUAUGCUAACCUCGCUGCUGCGUCCCCCACGCUCAAGUCGGACAACCUGACGGACGUUGUCCAGUGGGACAACUACUCGCUUUUCGUCUAUGACCAACGUAUUUUCUUGCACUCGGGGGAAAUGGCUACUUUUCGUCUCCCCAUACCUGAUCUCUGGCUCGACAUCUUCCAGAAGAUGGUCGCUGCCGGCUUGAACGCAGUCAGCAUAUACAUUCACUGGGGGUUGACGAAUCCCGCUCCCGGCGUGCUCGACUUCAACGACUGGCGCGCCCUCCAGCCGUUCUUCGACGCUGCGAAACUCGCAGGGCUUUGGAUCGUGCUGCGCCCAGGUCCAUACAUCAAUGCCGAGACGACCGCUGGCGGCAUUCCGCACUGGGUCACGAGUCUCGUCGCGGGUCAGCUCCGUACGAACGCGUCGGACUAUGAGGCUGCGUGGCAGCCGUACAUCGCCCGCAUCGCUGAGAAUGUCAUCCCGAACCAGGUUUCUAGCGGCGGGCCCAUCCUCGCCGUACAGGUCGAUAAUGAAUAUUAUCAGGAUGCGGUCACCGGGGAAUACUUCGCCGAGCUCGAGGCGGCGUACCGCUCAGCGGGUGUCGUCAUCCCCUUGACGUACAACGAUCCGGGCGAAGGCAGCAAUUUCAUCAACGGUACAGGCGCUGUCAACAUCUACGGACUUGACUCGUACCCACAAGGCUUCGAUUGUUCCCAUCCUGAGCAGUGGGCAUCGGUCGUGACGAACUAUCAUCAGUACCACGAGGAGGUCGACCCAGGCGAGCCGUGGUAUAUGCCCGAGUUCCAAGGUGCCGUGCACAAUGUUUUCAUGUCUUCUUCGUGGCAACUCAUCUUCGACAUGACAGGCGGCGCAUUUGACCCGUGGGGCGGUCCCGGUUACAACAACUGCGAAAUUCUGACGGGCGCAGAUUUCAUGGACGUGUUCUACAAGCAGAAUUGGGCGUCGAAUGUAAAGCUCAUAUCCUAUUACACGGUUUACGGUGGCACAAGCUGGGGAGGACUUCCUGAGCCUUCGGUAUACUCAAGCUACGACUACGGCGCGUCGAUACGCGAGUCGCGGCUGCUGAGCGACAAGUACGACGAAAUUAAGCGCCAGGGAAUAUUUAUCCGCAGUUCACCUUCGUUCCGCAAGACUGACUGGGUCGGCGACACCAGCACUACGAUCCCUGGCGUCACCGUCAACGGCUCGGGCGCGUACGUCACCCUCCUGUACAACUACGAUACGGGGACCGGGUUCUACAUCGCACGCCAAGCGGACUCGACCUCUACGACCAAUAUUAACUUCACCCUGACAGUUCCCACCUCGGCUGGCACACUCACGAUCCCCAGCACGUCAGGCGCGAUUGCGCUCGACGGGCGGCAGAGCAAGGUCAUCGUGACCGACUACGCUUUCGGUGCACAGUCAAGCGUGCUGUACUCCACCGCGAGUAUAUUCUACGCCGGUACCAUCGGCGCACGCGACGUGCUGUUCCUCUACGGCGACGCCACUCAGAGCCACGAGGUCGCGCUCGUUCUGAACGGAUCUAGCGCUCAAGCGUCAGACGUCUCUUACUCCAACGCUGGAGGAGCAGGGGGAAUCACGACCGUGACCUUCCUCCCCGGAAUCACCGGGCUCGUCACAGUCUGGGACUCGGCAACCCAGCUUAUACUGUACGCGGACCCCAUCACGACCGCGACCUUCUGGGCGCCUGCAAUCCCCACUGCAGGCGCGUCCACGGACUUCCCGAACUACUUCCAGUUCGGAACGAACGAGACCGUGCUCAUCGGCGGGCCUUACCUCGUGCGCAACGCGUCCAUCGCCGACGGCGAGCUCGCGCUCCGCGGGGACCUUAACGCGAGCAUCCCGCUCACAGUCGUCGCCCCUCCCGAGGUGACGCGCGUAUCGUGGAACGGCGUGCCCGUCGAACUCGAGUUCGCCUCGGCCGACGGCGGCGCACAGGGCGGGGUGCUCGCAGGGUCUCUCCAGAUGAGCACGGCGCUGGCGCAAGUGACGGUACCUGCGCUGACCGGGUGGCGCUACAACAACAGUUUACCCGAGGUGUUGAGUAACUAUUCGGAUGCGGAGUGGGUCGUGGCGAACCAUACGACGACGAACAUUCCGGCGAUGCUGUAUGGGGACGGGCGGGUGUUGUAUGGUUGUGACUAUGGAUACUGCGAGAAUGCCGUCCUCUGGCGCGGCCAUUUCGAAGGUACCGGAUCCGAGACUUCUGUCAAUCUGACGAUCAACGGCGGCACCGCGUUCGGCGCUACGGUGUAUCUGAAUGAUGUAUUCCUCAACUCCACGUACGACAUCUCGGCGGAGCAGACCACUGAGCUGUACACAUUCCCUCCGGGCUCCGUGCAGGUCGGGCAGGACAACGUCAUCACGGUCGUGCAGGACAGUUCGGGAAACGACGAAGAUGCCAAUGAGAAAUCACCCCGCGGCAUCCCCGGCUUCCAACUCAACGGUGGGAACUUCACCGUGUGGAAGGUCCAAGGCAAGCUCGGCGGCUACAUGAACUACCCCGACAAGGUCCGGGGCGUGCUCAACGAGGGCGGCUUCUAUGGCGAGCGCGAAGGCUGGCAUCUGCCCGGCUUCGACACGUCCAGCUGGACCACCCGCGAGCUGACCGAAGGCCUCCCCGGCGGUGGACCCGGCAUUGGCUUCUUCGUCACGACGUUCGAUCUCGCCGUCCCCGCCAAUUCGGACGUGCUGAUGUCGUUCCAGUACGACACGUCGAGCCAACCAUACCGCGCGCAGCUAUAUGUGAACGGCUGGUACUAUGGCAAGCGCGUCGCGAACUUCGGCCCGCAGACUAAUUUCCCCGUCUCCCAGGGCAUCCUGAACUACAGCGGCACGAACACCGUCGCCGUGGCCCUCUGGUCCAUGGAAAAUACCCCAGUCUCGCCCACGCUCGCAUUGCAAGUCAACACCGUCAUUGAGGGCGGCGUUGGGGCCAUCGCUCUCAAUAACCCUGGGUGGACGCCGCGUCCCUCAGCGUCUUAA